ACAGUUCGUAAUAUAGCCACAGACGCGACGCAUUACGGAGCCCGACGUUACCCGACCGACAAGCGGGGCUUUCGGUCGUGUACUUCGUCAGUCCGGCCUGACUACUCUAGAUAAUAACGCGUGUGAUAAUAUUUUUGUGAUUGAUUAAAUAUAAACAGACAAUGGGUAAGAAACUGAAUAUGUUUAUUUUGUACGUCAAACUAAUUAUGGACUUGGCGAUCGACUUCUUCUAUUCUUUGUACUGGGAUAAAAGAAAGGAAGCGAUACCAGACUUGGAACAGAAACAUGAAAUACUUACUGAAAGCGCCACGGCUUUAGCUAAGAAGAUCAAGAACAAAGAAUUGAAAUCGGAAGACUUGGUCCGGACGCUUAUUGAGAGAAUCAAACAGGUAAACCCCAUUAUUAACGCCAUAGCAGCAGAAAGGUACGAGGCUGCUCUGAAUAAAGCGCGCGAGGUGGACGCACUCAUUGCUAAUGGACUCGAUGAAGACGCUCAGAAGAAACCAUUUCUAGGAGUACCACUAACCACUAAAGAGAGUCAAGCGGUGAAAGGUUUACCUUUGACGAUGGGGCUGUGGUCUCGGCGCAAGGAGGUCGCUACCGAAGACAGUGAAGCCAUCGUGAGACUGAAGAACGCUGGAGCCAUUGUAGUUGCUGCUACCAACUUGCCUGAAUUGCUUGUUUGGCAAGAAACUCGUAACCCGGUGUAUGGCAUGACCCGCAACCCCCACCACACGGGCAGGUCUCCGGGCGGAUCCAGCGGCGCUGAGGCCGCCCUGACAGCCACUUAUGCUACCACCAUCAGUUUAUGUUCGGAUAUCGGAGGUUCGACACGGAUGCCUGCCUUUUACUGCGGCAUGUUUGGACAUCAUCCUACACCUGGAACUACUAAUUUUAGAGGAGUAUUUUUUCGUAAAGGUGAUGAAGAGUCUAUGUUAGCCCUCGGCUUCAUAUCCAAACACACUGAAGACUUAAUCCCACUGACGAAAAUAAUAGCCGGUGAUAAGGCUCAGCUUCUGAAACUCGACCGAAGUGUAGACAUGAAAGAUAUUAAGUUUUAUUACUUGGAGUCCAGCAAAGAUGUGAUGGUCAGCUCUGUGAGAUCCGAAAUAAAAAAAGCUAUGCAAAGAGUGGUUUCGAAAAUAACAGAAGACGUGAGUUCAAGCAGCAACGUCCCCCAACCAUACUACCACGAGGGCUUCAACUACAUGUACAUAUUAUGGAAGUAUUGGAUGUCUAAGGAACCUGACAAUACAGCCCAGCUCUACACCAAUAAUAACGGAGAAGCCAAUGGCAUCAUCGAACUUGUUAAGAAACUGUUUGGCCUCAGUAGCCACUACAUCUUCAGCAUCUUCCGACUGAUUGAGGAGCAGUACUUGCCCAAGGUGAACUCCGCUUGGGCCGAGAAAGUAACCGCUGAUCUCAAACAAGACUUAUUUAGCAAGCUGGGCGACAACGGCGUGUUGUUGAUGCCGAGCGCGCCGCAGGUGGCGCCCUACCACUACUCCAGCUUGCUGCGACCCUUCAACUUCUCGUACUUCGCUAUUGUUAAUACGCUCAUGUGCCCCGCUACUCAGGUACCACUAGGCAAGAACAGCGAAGGCCUGCCCUUGGGGAUACAGGUGGUAGCCGCCCCCCACAACGACGCCCUCUGUCUCACAGUUGCUAAGUACUUGGAGAAACAAUUCGGAGGAGCCGUCAUGGCAUGUGAACUUAAAAAAUAAAGAUAAAUAAUUACUUACUUAAUGGUAUAAGUAACCUAUUUUUGUACUCAUUUUGAUACAAUAACUUAUAUUUGUUAAUUUAAUAAACAUUUAUAACAAU